AUGCUAGCAACUAAAAGGUUCCAGCGCAUCGCGCAGGAUCUCGAAAAGCUCCCUUGUGAGCUCCAUGGAGACAUACUGAACGACCUUGAAUUCUCGCAAUUAAUCCGCCUGUCCUCAUGCGCUGGUCCCCGCCUCACUUGGUCCCUUGAAAACAGCAUCUCAGCUUGGGGCAAUCACUUCCGUGCUGAAGACAGAAGCACAUGGCAAAAACUGCUCUCCAUCUCAGACAGCGUAAGGCGUUUGUGCUUCGUCCAACCAAAGGCCAAGGACGAAAUACCAUACAUAUUCGAACGCAGCCUAGCUUUUCUGUUCUUUCGCAAUGAAGACUGGAAGGCGACUGCAUACGGAUGGUUACCAGCAGAUGUUCAAAAUCGGUCCAGGUUUGCUGAACACCAACUCGCAAGAACUUUCCUCGCGGAACUCAACUCCAUCGUCAUGGACAGAACGUGGUCUGCGUUCCACGAGCACUACGCACGCUUCAUUGAACCAUGGCUCCCGCGAUUGUCCCCGCAAGCCAAAGCUAUCUUUUCCAAGAUCCCCAAGCUAGGUAUAAAAGACGCGGUGUACCACGGGUACGCAUACCUCUCGAAGGAUCUGCCGUUCAGUAUCGACGAUCUAGCAACAUUCAUCGACAUGUACCAACAAUUUCGAUUGCUCAGGGCAGAAACAAUGGCAGCCGAGCUCUACCGUUUGGCAGAUAUCUACGAAACCUAUCCAACUCGUCUGAAGGAGCCGUUUGACCUUAGGGAUCGUGCACCUGAUAACCUCAACACGCAACAUGUUCCCACUGAUAUACGUCGCCGUGCGAGGAAGCUGGUUAGGAAGGCGAAGAAUACGAGGUGGAAAAAUACCGAGGGGUGCGUUGUCCGCUUCGCAUGGCCGGCCCUGGUGCCGUAUGAAAGUCAAGUAGAGAUGUUCCAAGAGCAUAUUACGGACGCUACAGAUAUACAGGUUGCGCCCGCGGACAUUGUGGAUAAAUGUUGUGCUGUUGUUGCGAAUGCCCCAUAUUGGGCGCGAGACAAUGCGGAAAGAGAGGUGAUUGCAGUGACACGCCUGUCUGAGACGCUAAAACAGCAGCACCUAAGCUUGCAUGGGCUCAAUUUCAAGGUUCUAAUUCAACCUUACCAAGCGGAAUUUCCAAAAAGGGCGCCUGUAGCACUACCUGUUCUUCCGCGUGGUGACGCGGAGUUGGAAUGGCUAGAGAAUUUCGCAGAGGUGACAGCGUGGAUGGAAGGGAAAACUACCCAAUAG